GUUGGGGAUUACUUUGCACUGAAAACUUUUAAUUCCUUCUGCCAAAUUUCACCUCACUUUGAAGAAAACUGAGAGACAGAAGACUCACGCGCUACAGGAGAAGUUUCAAUUCAUCCUCACCCUCACACGUCAAAAACUCACCUUGACUGUGAAUCGACGGAGAGCAUUUAACACUUUCUUCAUGAGUGUUUGAGUUUUGUUACACGGACCUGUGGAGCCUUCAUUACUUGUUGAGGGGCUGUCAACACAAUGGGACGCCUGUGUCUGCUCCUGGUUGUCAGUCUGUCCCUGCUCACCUGCCAGGUUUUGUGCUCUGGCGUGUUUGAGCUGAAGCUGCAGGAGUUUCUCAACAAGAAAGGGGUGCCCGGGAACGCGAACUGCUGCCCGGUGGGCUCUGCGCAUCCGCAGGGCCACCAGCAGUGCGAGUGCAAGACUUUCUUUCGCAUCUGCCUGAAGCAUUAUCAGGCCAGCGUCUCCCCGGAGCCCCCCUGCACCUACGGGGGAGCAGUGACUCCCGUUCUGGGCUCCAACUCCUUCCAGGUGCCGGAGACCAAUGCGGACAGCUUCACCAAUCCAAUCCGCUUUUCCUUCGGCUUCACGUGGCCAGGGACGUUUUCACUGAUCAUUGAAGCUCUGCACACUGACUCCCUGGACGACCUGACAACAGAAAACCCAGAGCGUUUGAUCAGCCGGAUCACUGUCCAGCGACACCUCGCUGUGGGAGAGGAAUGGUCCAAAGACAUGCAGACAGCCAGCAGGACGGAGCUGCGUUACUCCUAUCGAUUCCUGUGCGAUGAGCACUACUAUGGGGAUGGCUGCUCGGUCUUCUGCCGGCCCCGGGACGAUGCUUUUGGACACUUCACAUGUGGCGAGCGUGGAGAGAUCAUAUGCAACUCUGGCUGGAAGGGCCAGUAUUGCACUGAGCCUAUCUGCCUUCCUGGAUGUGAUGAAGAACAUGGCUUCUGUGAUAAACCGGGAGAGUGCAAGUGUCGCGUGGGCUUCAGUGGGCGUUACUGCGACGACUGCAUCCGUUACCCAGGCUGCCUCCAUGGCACCUGCCAACAACCUUGGCAGUGUAACUGCCAGGAGGGAUGGGGCGGGCUCUUCUGCAACCAGGAUCUGAACUACUGCACACACCACAAACCCUGUCUCAAUGGAGCCACCUGCACCAACACUGGCCAGGGCAGCUACACUUGCUCCUGCCUACCUGGAUACACCGGUGCCAGCUGUGAGAUCCAAGUCAGCGAGUGUUCUGGAAAUCCAUGUCGAAAUGGAGGCAGCUGCACUGACAACGACAAUGGCUACCAGUGCACUUGCCCACCUGGUUUUUAUGGCAACAACUGUGAGUUAAGUGCCAAUACCUGUGCGGAUGGGCCUUGCUUCCAUGGCGGACGCUGUGUGGACAACCCUGAUGGUGGUUACUUCUGCCAGUGUCCAGUGGGAUAUGCCGGCUUCAACUGUGAGAAGAAAAUCGACCAUUGCUCUUCCAACCCUUGUUUAAAUGGUGCAGAAUGUGUCGAUCUGGUGAACUCCUAUCUCUGUCAGUGUCCUGAGGGGUUUUCAGGUCCUAACUGUGAAGUCAGCAGCAGCUUUUCUGGAUACUGUCAGACGUACCCCUGUGAGAAUGGUGCAACAUGCCAAGAGGAAGUGGAUGGCUACACCUGUAACUGUCCCCCAGGUUACACUGGUAAAAAUUGCAGCUCCCCCAUCUUUCGUUGCCAUCACAGUCCCUGCCACAACGGGGCCACCUGCCAUGAGCGUGGCGGUCGCUAUGUGUGUGCAUGUGUGCCCGGCUACGGUGGUCACAACUGCCAGUUCCUCUUACCAGAGGUUCCCAGAGGUUCCCAGCCAGUUGUUGAUGGACCAGACAGGCGCUAUUCUUCCUCAGAAAGCGGAAAGGCUGAAGAUGAACAGGAUGAUGACAGCGGAUUCCCCUGGACAGCUGUUUGUGCUGGCAUCUUCCUCGUUCUUGUGAUCCUGAUUGGUUGCUCUGUGCUGGUGGUGUACGUUCGGGUCAAACUGCAGGACCGACACAGUCAUCAUGGUGACAGUGUCAACAGUGACAGCCACGAGACCAUGAAUAAUCUGACAACCACCAACAAUUUUCUACGAAGUGACAAGGAAGUGGGUGCUAUGAUGACAACAUCAAUUAAAAACACCAACAAAAAAGCUGAUUACCAUUCCGACCUUGCUGGGUCUUUGGGUGGACUGAGUGGAAUCAGCGGGCUGAAUGGACCAGAGAAGAAUGGCUUUAAGACUCGCUACCCCAGUGUGGAGUACAACCUGGUUCACGAGCUCAGGCCUGAGGAACCGUCACUGCGCAAAGAGGAAGAGCACAACGAACCAGAGCCCAAAUGUGAAGUACUUGAUGAGUCUGACACAGAGGAAGGGUUUAGGAAGAGACAAUACAGCGAUGCAUCUGAAAAGAAACAAGCGCCAGAAUCAUCCAGCGAAGCAAAGUAUCAGUCAUCCACAGAUUUAAACUGCCAUGCAGCAAGUGAGCUGCAUUACCAGUCAACAAGCGACAUCAAAUUCCAAUCCACCUGUGAUAUUGAACACAAUACUCCCAGUGACAGCCGGUACCCAUGUACCACCGACACCAAAUACCAAUCUGUCUACGUCAUAUCAGACCAGAAAGAUGAAUGUAUCAUUGCUACAGAGGUAUGAUGAUAGAGGUCCACAAAAACCAACCCUGAGCAGUAGAGCUCAGCUUGUUUCCAGGAGGUUUUACUCCUGCUGUUUGCUGCUGUUCCUUGGGAUUUCCCAGAGGACUUUGAGCCAAGGUGCUGAUGAACCAGCGCACAGUUAGCUCCUUUUUGGCAAGGACUGAGUACUAGAGUAGUACUACGGGUGAAUUCUGGACAAAUCUUUAUCUUUGAUGGCUGCAGGUCUUUUUGCUGACACAGUGCUAUGGAUGAAACACCAGAAGACAGUAUCAGCACUCCCUUCGGACUUGUACAGAAACAGUGCUGACGGAGAACUCACACACUCGAAGAAGACUCCUGGCAAACUAAAGAAGAACUUGUUCAAUGUUUUCCACAGCACUGGAAGAUUCUUAGCUCAAAACAGGAUGAACGCGAAGCAGCGGAGCAUUGACAGGGAUGUCAACUGAUGAUAUUGUUGUACCUUGGUGUACUGAUUGAAUGAACAGUGAAGUACAUUUAGAGUACUGAGAACUUUUAAAGUACUGUUGUAGUACUGUUGUGUGCUGUGAUUUUACAAUGCUACGUAAAAUCGGUUGUUGAUAUUGAAUAUUAUCCAUGUUCUGUACAGUGCUGCAGAGUAGAGUGUAGAGUUGUACCAACUUGAGGAGUCGCUGUAUAGCUGGAGUCAGCCCAUUUUUUAAUAGUGACUCAUGGAAUCUAAAAUGAAGCUUUCCCAACAAGACUACGAAAAGGUUUAGAGGGGAACUUCUGCAGCAGCCUGACACCUUUGACUCUACAGCACUGACAGAGACCACGCUGGCUGAGCUGGCUCUCAGCAAAAAGUAGAAAACUGAAGACUCCAGUAGUGACUGCAGAUCGAUCCAACGUGGAUUCUGUUGGGCCAUACUGGCCUCUGACCCCAAAAGGUUGUGAUACACAUGGCAUUGUUUUGGGCAGGUCAACCUGGGAAAUACUUUCAGCAUUAGAGCACAAACAAAGGAAAAUAAGGUGGAACAAAUCAAACAAAAUGCAUUAGGUCACCUGUUAGUUUUAACGUUGUGUGUUGAAUUUAAACAGCUGUAUAUUUUCAGUUAAAUGAAUUCUGUAUCUCAGAGUGAGCAGCUGGUCUUUUCCCUGACCUCUUUAUGAUGCUGUUGUUUUUCCAAGUAGACUGAGCUAUAAAUGUCUUCACUGCCAAGACCUCAUUGCACUAUGGAGGUAUACGUGUGUGUGUGCGUGUGUGUGUGCGUGCGUGCGCUGGUGUGUGUGUGUUACAGAAAAGGUAAUGCCUGGGUAUGAUGCCAGUGUACGCACUGCCCACUCUCCCCACCCCCACACACACCUAGUCCUCCACUAUUAGCCAAUUCAAGGACACCAUCACUCUGCCUGCCCUUAGUAAGGAUCUUUUUUGUUUUUUAUUUUAUUUGUUAUCUAAAGACAGAUGUAUUCCUUUAAUUUAACUAUGUAAUUAUUUGUGCUUCGUUUUUGUUGUGAUGUUUUUGUUAAACCUGUCAUAAUUUAAGUUGGAUUGUUUUUGUUUUUGGAUUGUGUAUGUAAGUAUGUAAGUAUGCAUGUAUGUGUUAGGCACUUGAGACCACUGUGACUGUGUUGUAUUUAAGAGAGAAGCCGUAUGUACAGAGCCUGUCAUUUUUAUUACUGGAAAAAAACAAUAUUUUUCCAAAAUAAAGGAAG